AUGAGUGCUGUGAGCCAAGACGAAGCCGACCGCGUCCUGCGUCUCAAGAGCCGCGAACGAGAAACGCAUGCUUGCUACCCAUGCAAGAAACGAAAAGUAAAAUGUGAUGGUAAUCGCCCAUGUCGGACCUGCCAAAGGCGAAACCACCCACAGAUAUGCACUUACAACCUGUCCCGGCACUCGCGGCGAAGAUCGUCCGUGUCAGCCCGACAAAACAUUUCACGCUCGGCGUCCCCUACUACAGCACCAGCGUCAGAAAAUGGGAUCACGGGGAUAUCCUCCAGACCCGACGAUGGUUUAAAAAACUACGUGUACUCUGGUGAUAAUUCUGUGGUUUCCAUUUUGCGACUGCGGGCAUCAGAUGCAAAUGAAUCCGUCGCCCGAGAACUGGGCUCCGUCCUCGGCCUCCAGAACACCUUUAGUAAUUAUCCGUUUAUGGACUCCAAAACUCCCCAUGAAAGAUGGAAAUCGUUACUGGGCGUGUUGCCUCAGAGAACGGAAGUCUUGAAAUAUUUCCAUUAUUACCGGGUCACAGCCUAUCCGUUCAAUCCAAUAUUGGCCGACAUGGACCGCUUUGAAUCUGACCUAUGCACCUAUCUCAAUGCUCAUGCAAUGGGCGAGUUGCGAGACACCGACAAGAUUACCGAUCGGUGGGCAACAGACAAGUCCAUCGGCCACAUCAGCCUUUUGCUGGCUACCCUGGCAGCGGGGGCCCAUUAUUCGGAUGUCACUUACCCCCAGCGGCUGAAAAUAUCCACCGAAUUUGCCCGUCGGUCGUUUCACGCUCUUAGAUUGGCCAAUUUUCUCUUCCGCCCGUCCUUGGACAUCAUACAGGCGCUUCUUAUCCUAGGUAAUACUUUGCAGAACAUGGGCCAAUCUGAUGCUGCCUGGGCCCUUCUUGGCACAACUGUACGACUAGCUCAAACGAUGGGGCUGCACACAGAGAGAAGCACAAUCUAUUGGCCAGAGUAUGUGCAGACUAAAGCUCGGGCACUCUGGUCGACAAUAGUCUGGCAAGACAGCCUCCUUUGUCUCUGCUAUGACCGCCCCCCUAUUGUAUCGGUGACGGGCUGGUCCCUUGAUGACUUCUUCUUCGAGCGACAAGACUUGUCCUAUUCAGAAGUUAUGCAUCUUAUAUGUCGACUUGGACUGGACAUCAUGCGACCUGACAGUAUUGGUGUCGCGGAGGUUGAUCAGGCAAUUGAAGGGCUUCAGCGACUAGACAAUGCCUAUCAGCGUGCUCAGCCAUACCUUCAGCGACGAGAAAAUUGUACAACACUCCAGCAACACCUUGAGAAUCUGGCUUUGAGAAUGCAUAUCUCGUUCUGUGUCUCUGUUAUUUGUCGCCCAGCAAUGAAGCAGUCACCCCCGAACCCAGUUAUUCCUUCCACAGAUAUUCUGCGAGCCCGGGCCAAAGGGAGCCUAAUGGACGCCUCAAGGGCUUUUCUUGAUUUUCAAGCCCUUAGUGUUGUACCCCUACGGAGUUGGUCGAUGGUACAUACCGUUUUGAGCUCGACACUGCUGCUUUGCAUCUGGGAAGAAACACGCAAUGACCCUGAAUGUCGCAGUUUGCAGGAAAGGGUGAUCGGUGUAUUUUCGUCAUCUGAUUCUCGAACAUCUGAUGAUAGCAGUGCAAAUUCAGAUAGUGAUAGCCAAUGGCUAUCAGCCCGUCACAUACGAGCUCUGGUGACCCUGCGGGGCGCUUUGGACCGAGAAUGGGAAACAGGAGCUGGCGAGCACGAAAAUGGGGCUGCAACGGGUGUCAAUGCCGGGCCUUCAGCUGGUGCUGGACAGGAAGGGUAUUUGGAUAUGUUGAAUCCUUUUGACAUCUCACCUGUUACGUACCUAGACUCGAUUAUGAAUGUACCUUUAUUCGAUUUUACCCAGGAAAACGGGUUUUUGUGA